AUGCUCACACCGUCAACUCCCAUCCUCCUCUCACUCCUCGCCAUCUCCUCCGUGGUCACUGCCUCACCUCUAACUGCACGCCAAGACUCGGGAGUAGAGUGGUCCUUCAGCGUCUACCAAAGCACCUCGCGAUGCACCGGUGCGACCGACACCUACAACGGCACCUCCUCUCAAGGAUGCACCAAAGGCAUCCGAAACGGCUCAUUUGGGUCCUACAUAAGAGGCAACAUCAGCUCGGGGUGCUCAGUCUAUCUGUACCGCGACGACAGUUGCAGUCUCGAACGAAUUGUCGAUGUGCUGAGCUCUGAUAUCGAGUCUGACUGUUCGCAGACGGUAAUCGAGCACGCGAAUGUUCCGAGUUUUGACGUUGUUUGUGAGUAG